ACACGUCCAAACAGCCGGCCUCUCACUCCACAGCUCUUUACAUCAUUUCCACUUUUUCAUUUUAAUCUCGCCAUCCAACCAAACAAAGCUAAUCAGAACGUGUUAUUUAUAUUUAUAAUUUUUAGUUUUCCAGAAAAUAAGUUCUAACAAUCAAAAGUUUCCAGUCAUUGUCCCUUCUGGAAAAGGAAGGUAGGUAGGCUGAUAAAUAGACACUCGAAGUCCGUACAUACAUAUCAUCACGGUGAAGUUACUUUCGCAUUCAACAUUUAGUCGCUGGGUCGAAUGUAUGUGCUCUUAUCAGCUGGUGUAACUUAUCAUCAUCAUAAAUUAUGGAGGACGAGGAUACCAUGGACUUUUCUCUCGACGAGGACUAUGACGAAAUCGAAGACUAUGAUGAAGGAAUGCCGAGCCAAGAUGAUAACGUGAAGGAUGAAGAAGAGGGCCAUAUCGAUGUACUGAAUACUGAACAAAUCUAUAACUCCAUGGUCGAUACCAUUCAUCAGGCUAACGGUGUUCUCAAUUUGCCGCAAGGAAUGAUGAGAAUUCUACUUCAUGAUUUCAAAUGGGAUUCCGAAAAGCUACUUGAAGCAUAUUUUUUGCGAGAAAAUGAGAAAAAUAACCAGAUUUUCAAAAAUAUUGAGGAAAAUACGGUCUCAUCAUUAGGAGUUGGUCAACUGACAGGAAAGUUCGGCAACGGUGAAUCAGUAGCGGACAACGACGAAUGUGGCAUUUGUUUUCUUCCAGCAAGGGAAUCGGAUAUAUACGACCUUGGCUGUGGUCAUCAAUUCUGCACAGAUUGCUGGUCGUCCUAUCUUAAAGAGAAGAUUACUGGGGGUGAAGCUUGCCACAAAAUCACUUGUGCGGCAUACAAAUGCACCAAGAUUGUUGAUGACGCCAUCAUUCCAAAAUUAAUUGACGAUACAAAAGUUAGACAGGCUCAUCAACGGCUUAUCACAAACAGUUUUGUCGAGUGCAACAGAUUAAUGCGCUGGUGUCCUUCUCCUGACUGUACUUUUGCUGUCCGAAUCCAGUGGGUAGGUGCGGUCCGGAACGGAGUUACAUGUAGGUGUGGAUUCUCUUUCUGCUUCUGUUGUGGACGCAGUUCUCAUCAGCCCUUGACUUGUGUCAUGAUUAAGAAAUGGAUCCAAAAAUGUGAAGAUGAUUCGGAGACGGCUAAUUGGAUCGAGGCAAAUACUAAGGACUGUCCGAAAUGCGGCGUGACAAUAGAAAAAAACGGUGGCUGCAACCAUAUGACGUGUACUAGCGCGUCGUGUGGAAAUCAUUUCUGCUGGAUUUGUCUAACUGCGUGGGGACCAAAUGGAUAUCAAACCCACUCUUGCUCCGCUUAUGUAGAAUCCGAACAAAACAAAGGGAAGGAAAAUAAGAUGACAAACUCCCGCAUAGCUCUGGAACGAUAUCUAUUCUACUACUCAAGAUACGCCAAUCACAUUCAAAGCAUGAAAUUGGAAAAGAAACUAGUCGACAGGGUGCAAGAAAAGAUUGACUAUUUACAUGCAAAUAAUAUUUCUGGAAUAGAAGCCGAUUUUCUACGAAAGGCCGUCGAAAUAUUGCGAAAGUGUCGACAGGCGCUACUGAACACGUAUGUGUUUGCAUUCUACGUCAAUAAAAAUAACCAGACUGACAUUUUCGAAGACAAUCAGCGAGACUUGGAACUCGCCACGGAGAAACUAAGUGCGUACUUGGAACAAGAGUUGGACCUUGAUGAUGAUGUGUUUGAGAUGAAGAGAAAGGUAAACGACUUGUAUCGAUACUGCGAGACGCGACGAAAAGUAAUUCUGAAUCAUGUUGAGGAAGGAUUCACCAAAUCAUGUUGGAGCUUCAAAGAAGACUGAAAUAUAACUAAAACCCAAAACAAAGUUCAAAAAUUAUUCCUGUAAUGAAGUUGACUAUUUGCGAGAUGCACUAUUUUAAGAAACUGUACGAGUAAUUAAAUAAUUAUUUAAUUAAUAGCUACACGUAAUUUUGAGUAAAUUAACUGUGUACAAUUUUAUACGAAUAAAAUGGCGAAUUUAAAUACCUAUGA